UCGUCGUCCCCCUUAAAAGUUAAAAGGAAAAGAGGGUGUUCUGUGUUUCCUCCCUUCCCUCCCCUUCCCCGGUCAGCGGUGUUGUUUUGUUCGGAAUCUGAAAUCGGAAAUCGGAAGAAUAGUCUUCACUUCAGAGGCAGAAGAGAAGGGAAAAUCGAUGAGUAGGAACGAUUCCAAGUACUUUUCCACCACCAAGAAGGGUGAAAUCCCUGAGCUCAAAGAAGAGCUCAAUUCUCAGUACAAGGACAAAAGAAAAGAUGCUGUCAAAAAGGUUAUUGCUGCAAUGACUGUUGGGAAGGAUGUCUCAUCACUGUUCACUGACGUGGUGAAUUGCAUGCAAACAGAAAAUUUGGAGCUAAAAAAGCUAGUUUACUUGUAUCUGAUAAAUUAUGCAAAGAGCCAACCUGACCUAGCAAUACUUGCAGUGAAUACAUUUGUGAAGGACUCACAAGAUCCAAAUCCUUUAAUCCGUGCCUUAGCUGUACGGACAAUGGGCUGCAUUCGUGUAGAUAAAAUUACUGAAUAUCUGUGUGAUCCCCUUCAAAGAUGCCUAAAGGAUGAUGACCCAUAUGUUCGUAAGACAGCAGCUAUUUGUGUUGCCAAACUUUAUGACAUAAAUGCAGAAUUAGUUGAGGACAGGGGCUUUUUGGAAUCCCUGAAGGAUUUGAUAUCUGAUAAUAACCCAAUGGUUGUCGCUAAUGCUGUGGCAGCACUUGCGGAAGUUCAGGAAAACAGUAGUAGACCCAUCUUUGAGAUCACCAGUCACACACUGUCGAAGCUCCUUACUGCUUUAAAUGAAUGUACAGAAUGGGGUCAAGUUUUUAUAUUGGACGCUCUUUCUAGAUACAAGGCAGCUGAUGCUCGUGAGGCUGAAAACAUAGUAGAAAGAGUUACUCCUCGCUUACAGCAUGCCAAUUGUGCAGUUGUUCUAUCAGCUGUUAAGAUGAUCCUUCUGCAAAUGGAGCUUAUCACCAGUACUGAUGUGGUUCGGAAUCUUUGCAAAAAGAUGGCCCCUCCUCUUGUGACAUUACUCUCUGCAGAACCUGAGAUACAAUAUGUAGCACUGCGGAAUAUCAAUCUUAUAGUACAAAGAAGACCAACAAUACUUGCUCAUGAAAUUAAGGUGUUCUUCUGCAAGUACAAUGAUCCCAUCUAUGUAAAAAUGGAAAAGUUAGAAAUUAUGAUAAAACUGGCUUCAGACCGAAAUAUAGACCAGGUUCUAUUGGAAUUUAAGGAGUAUGCUACUGAAGUUGAUGUGGAUUUCGUAAGAAAGGCUGUUCGAGCAAUUGGCCGUUGUGCCAUCAAAUUGGAGAGAGCAGCUGAACGAUGCAUUAGUGUUUUGCUUGAGUUGAUCAAGAUAAAAGUUAAUUACGUGGUUCAAGAGGCAAUCAUUGUUAUCAAAGAUAUAUUUAGAAGAUACCCCAACACAUACGAGUCCAUAAUUGCAACACUUUGCGAGAGCUUAGAUACCUUGGAUGAGCCAGAAGCCAAGGCAUCAAUGAUCUGGAUAAUUGGUGAAUAUGCGGAAAGAAUCGACAAUGCUGAUGAACUUCUUGAAAGUUUCUUGGAAAGUUUCCCAGAAGAACCAGCACAAGUCCAACUACAGUUGCUGACUGCUACAGUCAAACUUUUCCUUAAGAAGCCAACUGAGGGCCCACAACAGAUGAUUCAGGUUGUUUUGAACAAUGCCACGGUGGAGACAGAUAAUCCUGAUUUGCGAGACCGUGCAUACAUAUAUUGGCGUCUCCUUUCAACUGAUCCAGAGGCUGCUAAGGAUGUUGUGUUAGCUGAGAAGCCUGUGAUAACUGAUGAUUCAAACCAACUUGAACCUUCUCUACUUGAUGAGCUUCUUGCCAACAUUGCUACACUAUCUUCUGUUUAUCACAAGCCUCCAGAUGCUUUUGUAACUCGUGUACAUUCAGCUCAGAGAACAGAAGACGAAGACUAUGCUGAGGGAAGCGAAACAGGGUUUUCUGAGUCACCUGCAAAUCCUGCUAAUGGUCCUGCAUCACCGCCUACAUCUGCAACAGGUGCACCAGCCACACCUCCAUCUGUUGCACCUGUGCCAGAUUUACUUGGUGAUUUGAUGGGCAUGGAUAAUUCUAUUGUUCCUGUUGAUCAGCCAGUUACUCCUACUGGGCCUCCAUUACCCAUUUUACUACCUGCUUCAACUGGUCAGGGUUUACAAAUUAGUGCACAACUGACUAGACAAGAUGGUCAAAUAUUUUAUAGUUUGUUGUUUGAGAACAACUCUCAGGUUUCACUUGAUGGCUUCAUGAUUCAAUUUAACAAGAACACAUUUGGUCUUGCAGCUGCUGGACCCCUUCAGGUUCCACAGUUGCAACCCGGAAUGUCAGCUAGGACACUCCUCCCUAUGGUUAUGUUCCAGAAUAUGUUGCAAGGUCCUCCUAGCUCAGUUUUACAGGUUGCUGUGAAAAACAAUCAACAACCUGUGUGGUAUUUCAGUGAUAAAAUCUCGUUACUUGUAUUCUUCACCGAGGAUGGUAGAAUGGAACGUUCCAGUUUUCUAGAGACAUGGAGGUCCCUUCCAGAUUCAAACGAGGUUUCCAAGGACUUCCCAGCCAUUGUGAUUGGCAGUGCGGAUGCAACAGUGGAACGACUGGCUGCGUCAAACAUGUUCUUUAUUGCAAAGCGCAAGAAUGCAAACCAGGACGUGUUUUACUUCUCAGCUAAACUCCCUAGAGGGAUACCAUUCUUAAUUGAACUUACCACGUUGACUGGAAACCCUGGCGUCAAAUGUGCAAUCAAGACUCCAAGCCCUGAAAUGUCUGCACUUUUCUUCGAAGCCAUUGAGACUCUUCUCAUGGGUUAAUGUGUUUUAAAUUUUGUUUUUUCUUUUAGUUUUUGUUUAUAUAUUGUUUUUGUUAGAAUAUUUGAUAAAUAUCCUGGACAGGUGUGUUAUAUCUUAUUUGGAAAAAAAAAAUCCAUUGACUUUUGUUGUCCCUGGCUGUAUUUCACUACUGCCAUUUUUGCCGUUAUUGGCACCAUGGAUGCAGUUGUGCUCUUGUAGACAGAUUUUGUUGAGGUUCGACUGCUUGUAGUAUUACGUUCUUUGUAAAGUGAUUAAAUUGUGAUGCUUUUAGUUUUUUCUAUG